AAAAUCGAGUGAACUUCUAAGACUCUAAAAGAGAAAGAGGCGUACGCAUCGCUGUGGGGAGGCGUAAAUCGAAUGAGUAGCUAACAUACGUUUUCAGAAAGACGCUGCUGAGUGUGUGUGUAGAGGACGACAAAGACGAUUCACUUUUUCCCGCCGCUUCCAUUUGCCUUCCCCAGAACCCUCAGGUAGUGAGAAAAAUGUUGUGGGUAGACAAGUACAGGCCUAAAUCGCUAGACAAGGUCAUCGUUCAUGAGGACAUCGCUCAAAAUCUCAAGAAAUUGGUUACGGAGCAAGAUUGUCCGCAUUUGCUGUUCUAUGGGCCGUCAGGUUCGGGUAAGAAAACCCUAAUCAUGGCGCUUCUCAAGCAGAUUUAUGGUGCCAGUGCUGAGAAGGUGAAAGUGGAGAACAGGGCAUGGAAAGUUGAUGCUGGGAGUAGAACUAUUGAUCUGGAGCUCACUACAUUAUCAAGCACCAAUCAUGUGGAGCUUACUCCAAGUGAUGCAGGCUUUCAAGAUAGAUACAUCGUUCAAGAGAUCAUUAAAGAAAUGGCCAAGAACAGACCAAUUGACACCAAAGGAAAGAAGGGAUACAAGGUGUUGGUACUAAAUGAAGUUGACAAGCUCUCACGAGAAGCACAACAUUCUCUGCGGAGAACCAUGGAGAAGUAUAGCUCAUCUUGCCGUCUCAUCUUAUGCUGUAACAGUUCUUCAAAGGUUACAGAAGCGAUCAAGUCUCGUUGUCUCAAUGUGCGGAUAAAUGCACCUUCACAGGAAGAGAUAGUGAAAGUGUUGGAGUUCGUUGCAAAGAAAGAAAGCCUGCAACUGCCCCACGGUUUUGCUGCUCGUAUUGCUGAAAAAUCAAAUCGCAGUCUUAGGAGAGCUAUUCUGUCACUUGAAACUUGUCGUGUCCAAAACUAUCCAUUCACAGAUAAACAAGUGAUAUCUCCCAUGGAUUGGGAAGAGUAUGUUUCUGAAAUAGCAACUGACAUGCUGAGGGAACAGAGCCCUAAAAGUUUGUUUCAGGUACGCGGGAAGGUAUACGAGCUGCUAGUUAAUUGCAUUCCACCAGAAGUCAUACUGAAGGUUUCAAACAAAAAUACCCAAUUAUAUUAUUUAUUGUGCCUUUUUACACAUAGUUUUAUGCUUUUACAGAGUCUUCUUCAUGAAUUGCUGAGGAAACUGGACUCAGAGCUAAAGCUUGAAGUCUGCCACUGGGCCGCAUAUUAUGAACAUCGGAUGAGGUUAGGUCAGAAAGCCAUAUUUCACAUAGAAGCAUUUGUGGCCAAGUUUAUGAGCGUAUACAAGAACUUCCUCAUUUCAACAUUUGGGUAG